AAACGAAUCUGAAUCGAACAAAAUGGGUGCUAUAACCUUGACCUCCACUGUGUGCUUGCACCGUUUCGAAAAUCUGAAAACAAACUUGGCAUCAGCACAAUGUUGUAACUAAUAAAUUUAUAAAAUAAUGGAAGAAUACGAAGCACAAUUGCUCGUUGUGGAGCAGGCAUUGGAAAAUGCCGCGGAUGAGGCGCAACGCCAGGAUCUUUUGGCCCUAAAAAACAAUCUGCAGGAGCUAUUGGCCCUCACCCGGGACACAGGAGAUGAAGCACCCACCGAUGAAUUACCUCAGCAAGGCGACGACCUGGACGACGAGCUGCAGCGGCUCAAAAGCGAACUUAGUGACCUAGAGGCGGUGGGCUCCUCACAGACCGCGUUGGAUGAAGAGCGGCAGCUGGCGGAUUUGCGGACCAAGUACACUGCCAUGGUGGGCGAGAAGUGCUCCGCUCCACACGAGCACAGUUGGGGCACUUGCUACCACAAUGCCCUCAUCUGCGGAGUGGACGACGAGGUGGUUAUGAACAGCGAUGGCGUCUUGGAUGCUCGACUAAGGGUUCUCUUUACGAAUCCUACGCAUCGAGAAAUGCUGCCCUGCUCCUAUUACCUCGAAGGCGAGUGCCGCUUUGAUGAGACCAAGUGUCGCUUUUCCCACGGCGCCCUUGUCCCCGGUAGCUCAAUUAGAAAAUACAAUCCACCAGAUUUCCACAAACUCUCUCGCAGUCGUCCAGUUUUUGCCCUACUACCGGAUCGAUUGUGGCAUCGAGGUCGUGUCCUUUGUGUAAAUUUCGUAGAGCAGGUAUGCCGCGUGCGCUUGGAUGGGCAGGAUCACAAGGAGCGGGAACGUGACUUUAAGUUCGAAGAACUGUAUCCACUUACCACCGACCAAGAAGAGGAUGACGAACUCUCCAGCGAUGACAGCAACUCCAGCAUGAACGACGGCAGCAGUGACGAGGCGGAGUCCGAUAUGGAUGAUCUGGAGGAAGCUAGAAGAGCCCGCAUGGUCGAGUUGAGUUUGUUUACCUUUAAGCCGACGGAACGGCUGGGCGCCUGGGAGGAGUUCACACGGGGCAUCGGCUCCAAGCUUAUGGAGAAAAUGGGCUACAUCCAUGGUACCGGUCUCGGCUCAGAUGGAAGGGGAAUCGUCACUCCCGUAAGCGCCCAGAUACUUCCCCAGGGUCGUUCGCUAGAUGCCUGCAUGGAGCUACGUGAGGCCGCCAACGGAGACAAGGAUUAUUUUAGCGUGGAACGAAAGCUGAAGCGUGCCCAGCGACGUCAGCGAAAAGCGGAUGAGAAGGCCUACGUCCGUGAAUCGCAACGUGUGAAUGUCUUUACAUUUUUAAACGACAGUGUUUUGGGACCUGGAGAAAGCAGCCAGCAAGGCGAGCAGGUGGCCAAAAAGGUUAAGACCAACGAGCUACAGCAGCACUCAACCAAAACGCUUAACGUAGAAACAGUGCGUAUUGCUGAUGAAAUCCGUCGAAAGCAAAGAGAUAUAGCCAAGGUAAAACAGUCCCUGGACCGCAAUUCUGGAGAUGCACAGCUUCAGAAGCGAUUACAAGUGCAGAUGCAAAGCCACAAACAGGAGCUGGCCACGCUGCAGGCACAGGAACGCAGUUUGAGCAAGGAACAGCAGACGCGUAAGAGCAAGAAUAAAAUGUUUGAGUUUUAAUAA